AUGGCGGCCGCCAGGCAGGACAGGCCCAUGGCUACUGUACGCUCUCGCCUGCAACGCCAGUCAGCAGCAGAGAUCGAGCAGCGACGUGCUAUGCGUCCAUCUCGCCAGUCGCUUGUCUCCGCCAGCUCCAUCGUCGGUCUGUCUGUUUGUGCGCACCCUUCAACCCUCUCUCCUCCGGGCCUCGACAGGGAAAAGGGGGCCUGUCCCGAUAGACUUCCAACCAGAAACAACGGCGCAACAGCGGUCUCCAUCAACCUAUGCCAUUGUCACCCAAACGGGCGUCGCGCAAGCAAACGCACCAUCGCCUUCGACGACGACGAGAACGAGGACGACAUCGCUAGCUAG